AAUGAAAAAUCCUAAAACAAACCAAGACUCAAACCUAAACUGAAUCAUUUUUGUUUCCUCGAAAGCGCAAUUCCUGACGGACUGAUCAGAAACAAAGUGUCACUUUCGUUAUUAGAGGUUAUUAAUGAGCCAAUCAGAGGGAGCCAGUGAACACCUGGGUGACCACACCCCGAUCCUGGCGCAGCUGGAGGAGCGCUGCCUUAUUGAUGGCAGCCUCCCGAGGGAAGGGGAAGGUGAGAGGCGCUCCUCCUCAUCUAAUCCUCUUAGCGGCAUUAUGCUGAGCUGCGGCCAAGCCCCGACAUGCGGUGCGCCCUUGUAGCUGCCCAAACCCCGGAGUCAGCAUCUCUGCGUCGGUGGCGCACAGCUGGAGGGGUCGGUCCGCGGCGGAGAGGAGGCCCAGCAGCCGGUGGCAGCUGCAGUCCCUCCACAGGUUGAAGCUGCCCUGCUGUGAAAAGAUGACCGCCGCUCUCCGUCUGCCUCUGCUCCGUCUCUGGAGUCUUCUCGCCACAUAACGGCACAGGAGCCGCCGAAGGAAUCGCAAUGCACCUCACCUAACUUCCAGCGGGGUUCCCCCCAGACGCUGAGCAUGCAGUCGCCUCAGAGGAGGCGGCUCAGGCGUAGCCGCGUCCUCUUCUUCGUCUCGGGCGUGCUGCUGUGUUCCAUCUACGCGCUGAGUCUGAAGUCCCGGCAGCCCCGAGCCCCCAUCAGGACUGGGGAUGGAGCGGACGGGGGCGGUGGGGCCGCCGUAGAGGUCAGGCUACGGGAGGUGAGGGCACCCAAUCAGACCGAGGAGGAGGAGGUUGUGACGUCGGAGAGCACCAAGCCUCCCCUGGUGAUGGUCGUCAACAGGACAGAUCUGGAGCAGUGCAUCUACGUGGAGCCUCGGGCGCCCAGACCGCCGCCGGCUCCCCCGCUGCCCACCACCACAGCUCCUCCCCAACACCCACUGCAGCCCCCACACAGCAAGGGAGACUACCCAGAGGACAUUUUCUCCGUGGAGCAGAGACGCCAGGGCUGGGUGGUCCUGCACGUCCUCGGCAUGACCUACAUGUUUGUGGCCCUGGCCAUCGUCUGCGACGAGUUCUUCGUGCCGGCGCUGGGGGCCAUCACCGCCAAGCUGGAGAUCUCGGACGACGUGGCCGGGGCCACCUUCAUGGCGGCCGGCGGCUCCGCCCCGGAGCUCUUCACCUCCCUCAUCGGCGUCUUCAUCUCCCACAGCAACGUGGGCAUCGGCACCAUCGUGGGCUCGGCCGUCUUCAACAUCCUGUUCGUGAUCGGCAUGUGCGCCAUCUUCUCCCGGGAGAUGCUGCACCUCACCUGGUGGCCGCUCUUCAGGGACGUGACCUUCUACAUCGUGGACCUCGUCAUGCUCAUCGUCUUCUUCCUGGACAACGUGAUCUGGUGGUGGGAGAGCGCCAUGCUGGUGCUGGGCUACAUGAGCUACGUGGUCUUCAUGAAGUUCAACAGCCAGAUCGAGCGGACGUUCAAAAGCCAGCUCAACAAGCACAUGAGCAUCGUCAAGGUGUGGAGCGCCGCGGAGCCGGAGAAGGAUAGCGAGGCUGCACCUCCUCCUCCUCCUCCUCCUCCGCCUCCACCGCCUCCUGCUGCGCCCCAAAAAACGGAAAACAAACCCAAAGCCGAAGCCGCGCCGCCUGCACCGGGCAGCCCUCAGCACAACAACCUGCAAGCAGAACCACAGGAGGACAAAGCUCGGCUCAGGGUGCGUCCGGUCCUGCAGCGAGGCGGCAGCUCGGCGUCGCUCCACAACACGUCGCUGAGGAGCACCAUCUUCCAGCUGAUGAUCCACACCCUGGACCCGCUGGGAGAAGAAGCUGCCCUCAGAGGGGCCGUAAGAACCAGUCGGCCAAAGAAAAUCACAGAAGAAACGUCGUUUAACGGUGACGUCAAAGGGGAGGGGCCUGUGCAGAAGAAAGCAAAGAACAAAGUAAAACCCCUGGAUGUCCCGGUGUCAGAGAAACGACAGAACAAGUCGCGGCACCGCCCCGUUGGAGAUGCAGGUCAGAAACCAAAGUCCGAGCAGUCUGCUUCUGCCGGAACACCAGGGGGCGCCGCAGCUCAGCCGUCCACCUCGCAGCCUCCGACAGAGGAGGCCCCACAGAAGACCUCUGAAAAGGCAGAGGAGUCAAAGGCAGCAGAAUCCGAGGGAGGACCGGGAGGCUCCCAGGACGGCAGCGAAGAAGGCAGCGGUGAAGAUGAAAGCAGCGACUCCGGUGAGAGCGAGGAAGAAGAUGAGGAAGGUGACGAAAAUAAAGAGGGGGAGGAGGAGGAGGAGGAGGAAGAGGAGAACGAGCCGCUGUCUUUGGAGUGGCCUGCGACUCCACGCAAACAGGCCACCUACCUCUUCCUGCUGCCCAUCAUCUUCCCGCUGUGGCUGACGCUGCCGGACGUCCGCAACCCGGGCUCCAGAAGAUUCUUCAUCAUCACGUUCGCCGGCUCCAUCUUCUGGAUCGGCAUCUUCUCCUACCUGAUGGUGUGGUGGGCUCAUCAGGUAGGCGAGACCAUUGGCAUUUCUGAGGAGAUCAUGGGCCUGACCAUCCUGGCGGCGGGGACAUCCAUCCCAGACCUCAUCACCAGCGUGAUUGUAGCUCGCAAAGGUUUGGGAGACAUGGCCGUCUCCAGCUCAGUGGGAAGCAACAUCUUUGACAUCACCGUUGGGCUGCCCGUCCCCUGGCUCAUUUUCACCGCCCUGCACAGCGGCGAGCCGGUCGCCGUCAGCUCCAACGGCCUCUUCUGCGCCAUCGUGCUGCUCUUCCUCAUGCUGCUCUUCGUCAUCAUCUCCAUCGCCGUGUGCCGCUGGAGGAUGAGCAAAAAGCUGGGCGUCACCAUGUUCGCACUGUACUUUGUGUUCCUGGUUCUCAGCGUCCUGCUGGAGGACCGGGUCCUCAUCUGUCCCAUUUCAAUCUGACGCCGCUGAGGCGCAUGAACUUCUGGACCGGAGCGGUUCUGCAGGAGUUAUGUCGGAUCCAAGACUCUCCUGCUGUGUGUGUGUGUAACUCAGAAAUGUAUUAGUUCUCCUAGUAGCACCAUUAUGACUGAGGUAACAUUACUGUUCUGUCAUCUAAGGCCCCACACGGCAUAUAUAUGAAUACCAUUUUAAUAUUUAUGACCCAGUCUGUCGUAAACGCAGUUAAACAAUCCACAAAGCUGAUGUAGCGAUAGUUUCUGGAUUACAUAGCGCCUUAAAUUACUGCUGGACCCCUAGAGUCCAGAUUUAUUCCUUCUUUUUUUUUUUU